AAUUGAUACACUCCAAUUUAUUACAGCGCUUUUGGAACAUUUUCCUGAUUUUCGCAACGACUCUUCCCACCAACGAAAUUUACACCUUUACAUCCCCAACUCUCAACACACAACUUUACAACUCUUCGAGGAUCGCACCGGUAUCACAUACAAUCCAAGAUGUCGGACGUAGAAGAGAACAACGCCCCCGACGCCCCCGAGGAGGUCGAAGUAUCCGCCGAUGCCUCUAAGGGUCAGAUGUCCGUCCUAGACGCCCUAAAGGGUGUUCUAAAGCUCGCGCUCAUGCACGACGGUCUUGCCCGAGGUCUCCGUGAAGCAUCCAAGGCCCUCGACCGACGACAAGCGCACAUGUGUGUCCUGAACGAGUCUUGCGAAGAGGAGGCCUACAAGAAGCUAGUCAUCGCCCUCUGCUCCGAGCACAAGAUCCCUCUGAUCAAGGUCCCCGAUGGCAAGCAACUCGGCGAGUGGGCAGGUCUCUGCGUCUUGGACCGAGAAGGAAAUGCGCGCAAGGUCGUCAACUGCUCUUGCGUUGUGGUGAAGGACUGGGGUGAGGAGUCGACCGAGCGAUCCAUCCUCCUCAACUACUUCCAGACCGAGCAGUAAAUGGAUUCUUCACACGGGCGUUGCGCGGGGGUAUAGAAAAUGGGAAUGGAUGAUUUCAAGCCAUCCUUUACAAAUCCUUGGCAUGUACUCUACUGGCUUCGUCGGCCGGCUUAGAUGCUGGAAAUGAGGGGGGUUACCAUAUUGCAUCGGAAUGGAAAAAAACUGCAUCACAAA